AUGCAAGUAGAAUUCAAGAUGAUUGAAGGCCCAAUGUUAGAGGAUGAAUGUGUGAUGAAAAAUCAGAAGAUAGGCCCAUGGCUUCUUCUCCCUUGUCUCUAUCGUUUAUUGAACGCCCCCCCUGGCGAUCCCAAUAGAGCGAAAGAGUUAACUAGGGGUCUUCAAGCCUGGUAUGUACGAUUAGCAAGCCUUGCGGCGGCAAGAGGAUUAGAUGCCCUGCAUGCUACAGGCUUGGCUGAUAUAAUACCCAAGAGCACUCUGCUAUGGAAGCUGAAGCUGCUCAAAUCAGCCGCUGCUUAUGCCAAUUCCCGUCUACAUGCCAUUACAGCGGAAGUACUAGUGCUUGCUAGAGCAGGAAGUAAUGGCUUACGGUUCUCUGAUGGUUCUAUUUCAGAUGAUGUUCAACAUGGCAAGGAUAACAUGCUUCCCAGUGGAGAUGAAGCUCAAAGGCUGUCAGGCGCAUUGCAGAACUGCAAAAUUCGUUACUUCAAGGACAAUGGGCACACCAUUUUAUUGGUAGGUGAGGAUACUUUUGUCUUUCUUUCUCGUUAUAAGAUGCUGCUAGACUUUUGUGAAUCUCUUACCACCGGAUAUUAG